CUUACAAACACUAUUCAACCUGGACUACUCCAUACCCCGGUUGUCUUAGAGAAAAGCAAGUUAAAAAGAGAAUCGUGCAUCUAAUCGGCGCAAACCAUGGCCAACAAGACGAUGAGGGCAAUUGGUGUGAAGGGCGGCAAAGGGAGUGCCGACGCAUUAUUCAUCGAUGAAAUUAUGGUUCCCGAACCAAGACAAACCCAGGCUUUAGUAAAAAUCAAGGCAUUUGGGCUAAACAGGAUGGAUAUAUUGCAGCGUGAGGGUAAAUAUCCUGUUCCUCCCCAGGCGCCAAGCACCAUGGGGGUUGAAUUCUCUGGGAAGAUCGAGAAGCUCGGCCAAAACCCUGAGAAUGGCUUCAAGGUAGGAGAUGAAGUGUUUGGCCUAGCUUAUGGUGGCGCUUAUGCGGAAUACAUUACCGUCUCAACUUACAUGUUGAUACACAAACCCGCGGAGUUGUCAUGGGAGGAAGCAGCUGGAAUCCCCGAAACAUGGAUAACGGCUACUCAAGCCCUAUACCUGAUAGGUGGAUAUGAACCUGGAAAUUCAGUUCUCUGGCAUGCAGGGGCUUCGUCUGUCUCCAUAGCCGGCAUUCAGCUCGCCAAAAGUGACGGCGCAUCUGCCGUGUUCGUGACUGUGGGCUCUCAAGAGAAGAUCGAUUUCUGUACUCGCAAGCUGGGUGUUACUGCUGGGUACAACUAUAAAACUCAGGAUUGGGCGUCUGAACUUAUAAAGGCAACAAAUGGUCGCGGCGUCGAUGUAGUCGUUGAUUUUGUGGGUGCAACCCAUUUUCAAGGUAACUUGAAUGUUGCCGCCCAGGAUGCGCGUAUCGUUCAGCUAGGACAGAUGAGUGGUUCAAUCCUCCCUGCAGGUAUUGAUAUCAGCAGCAUCCUGAGAAAGAGGGUGAGAUUUGAAGGUAGCACCCUCCGGAGCCGGGACGUGGGAUACCAGAAGAAGUUGCGCGAUUUGCUGGUCGAGCAUGCGCUGCCAAAGUUUAGGGAUGGAACGUUCAUUGUCUUCAUUGAAAGGAUUUUGCCUUUCGAGAAUAUUGCAGAUGCCCAUCGGUUGCUAGAAAGCAACUCUACCAAAGGCAAGGUUAUAUGUACAAUUGGCUAGGGCCCCGAGUCAAGACCUCGUAUGUAUAUGUAUAUAUCGAACAUUUUGACCUGACAAUCUCGUUUUCCAUAGUUGUCCUAAGCUUACCCUUCCCUUAUGGGUUUAUAGUAAGCAGUCCAGAACGAUCAUCUUCGCUCAAUUGAGCAUAUGGAUAAAUGACGCUAAGCAGAAAUACAAAUAACAACACUAGGUGUAGUCAAGAGUAGAUGAAGAGCGAGACUCAGCGAGCUCCAACGGAGUGUGGAUAUAUGAGUAGCUAUAAAAAUCCAAUGAAUGUGGUGGAACCCAUAUGUUAC